GCGGUACCGUGGCGGCCAUCGGCUUUCUCCUCAGUCUACGGCGAGUCGGAUUUGGCGGCUUCGUUUUUCGGUCGCUUUUACCUUCCUGCCGUCCUGAUGGAUGCCGCCGAGGUCGAAUUCCUGGCGGAGCGAGAGAUGGUCACCAUCAUCCCCAACUUCAGCCUGGACAGGAUUUACCUCAUCGGGGGCGAGCUGGGCCCCUUCAACCCGGGGCUGCCUGUGGAGGCGCCUCUCUGGCUGGCCGUCAACCUGAAACAGAGGCAGAAGUGUCGGCUGGUGCCCCCGGACUGGAUGGACGUGGAAAAGUUGGAGCAAAUGCGAGAUCAAGAACGCAAAGAGGACACUUUCACCCCAAUGCCUAACCCUUUUUACAUGGAAUUAACUAAACUGCUGCUGAACUAUGCUGCAGAUAAUAUUCCAAAGGCUGAUGAGAUAAGAACUUUGGUUAAGGAUAUCUGGGACACUCGAAUAGCGAAACUUCGUGUAUCUGCAGAUAGUUUUGUCAGACAGCAAGAAGUUCAUGCCAGGCUGGAUAAUCUGACUCUGAUGGAGAUCAACACCACUGGUGCUUUCCUCACCCAAGCUUUGGAUCACAUGUACAAGUUGCGAUCAAACCUCCAGCUAGGAGAGAGGGCGGAAUCCCAGGAGUUUUGACCGCAGGGAAUUUUCAUGAGAAGAAUUAUUCCUUUAAGCCUCCACCUCUCUGUUGUUACUGGCUUCAGAGCAAAACUGUGCUGUGGCAGAUUACGAUGUAACAUGCUUCAUAGCAUUUGCUAGUGGGGAAAAAA